GGCCAAUGCGCGGUGCCCAUCGAUAGUGGCAGGGCCCGGUCCAUCUCCGCGCCCCGUGGGUGCCAAUGAUAACAUCCAGCACCAAUAAAUCCCGCAGUUCAAGGGGCUGAGACGGGCGGUUAUUAACCUAGGUUCCCCUCAACCGGGCUGCUGAACUUCAAUCAACAUCAGCCGCCAUGUUGCCCACCACUGAUGACAUCGCCAAAUUUAUCUCUGUCGCCCCUGAUGCGAAUGAGGGGAAGGCUCUGAUCUUCCUGCAGUGGGCGAAUUCCUUGGACGAAGCCCUCAGUUUGUUCUUUGAGGACCCUGACCAAUACUCGCAGCCUCCCCCCAACAAAGACAAUCCCCGAAGCCAACCUAACGGGGCAGACACGCAGGGACUCCCGCCUUCGUAUGAGUCGCAUAGGAACCCCGUGAGCAGACCGCAGCGCGGGUCUCACACGAAUGUGGUCAUUCAGGCGGCGGAGGUUCGCGCUCGGGAUGAGCAAGAGAUGCAGAAUAUGCUCCAGAAUAUACAGCGGGUUUAUCAGAUAUACAAUAGCGACAUUGAGCCCGAGCACGAGGACGGCGACUAUGUGACUUGUAACUGCGAGGCUCAUCAAUACCGAAGGAGGAAAGCAAAGCGAACUGGUGUCCAGGAAAUGUGGUCCAAGGCUGUCAUGUAUCCGGGCGAAAAGGCAUACCAUGAUUGCUAUCAGAACUCGGUGUUUACCAAUAAUCCGUAUAGACGGCUCCCCACACCCUUCGGCAUUUCCAACUAUGUGAUGCGGAGGCCUGAUCCAUUCCGCUAUACUGCCUCGGUUCGCCAAACUCUCUCGUUGAAUGCAACACUCAACAUGAGGGCGCAGACGGCCGUCAAUUCUAUGGAGCCACAGUGCAACAUCUGGGAGAUGGACGACCCAGCUGUGGCAGAUCAGGGGACAUCCUCGGUCGAAAAGACAGGCAGCGUGGAAACAGGCAAACACUCGAAGCUGUCGAGUUUUAAAAAGGCUCUCUCUAUGCGGUCUGCCGAGAAGGCGGCUGCCAAGGCAGAUAAACUGACUGCGCGCGCUUGGGAGCUACGAAACGCGAUAUUAAGGGAGGAAAAUGGCCGAUGGCCAGAUUGGGAGAUGCGAGAGAUCGUCACAAUCUAUCAGGACAGGGUUGGAAUGACUCAAAAGAUCGCCGAGCUUCGAACUCAGUAUCCCCUGGAGUAUCUUCAUCUUCUCCGCGCAGGAUACUUUGAACCAAUACCGGUGGACUGGGCGACCCGCAUCUCCAACCCGCUCAAGUUUCGGAUCGAUGCGCCCGCGGGGUGGCGAGGAAUUACGCCGACCUGGCGAGGGUACGAAAACACGGCCGAGGAGCGUCUGUACUGGGUCUUGAACCACAGGGUAGGUAGUAAGGGGGCAUGGAUGAAGCCGGACUUUAUUUCUGCCAUGGAUAUGGCCCGUCGUCGGAUGGCCACCGCCGUUGAGCCCCCUCCUGCAUAUUACUCUCCGGACGACACGUUCCGUCUUCAGGAUGCAUCCGAGGAGUACUCCAGACAGGUCAUGCCAGCCCCUUUCCGAGCUUUCGAUCUCCCGGAAACCGCUGCAGAUAACACAAUGAUUUUGCUGGAUGUUUCUGGCUCAAUGGAGUUUGACCCACUUCGACCCGUGUACAAGGAGUAUCUCAUUACCGGAUUUACCAGCUCCACCCAGCCAAAGAAUAAGGAUGUCGCAAAAGCCAUCAUUCGACGCUUCACGGAUGCCAUGUCCAACCACGACCACAACACUCAUGGCUACCAGCUCGUGACAUUUGCCAGCAAGGCCAGCAACAUCGGACUCAUCAACCAUGCCAAUCUGGAUGACAUGUGGAACAACGUCAAAUUCGGGGGUGGGACUCGCGUGAUGAUCGGCUGGCAGAAAAUCAAGGACCUCCAUUUUCAACGAUACUCCGAGUCCGCAACCUAUCACCCAGUCUACGGAUGGCAAGCGGGUCCACAAACACCGAUACUGAGAUUGCUGCUUUUGCUCGAUGGCGAAGCCACGGAUAUGGACGAGUUUGAAUUGGAUCUGCUCGGGCUGUCCUGGGUUCAUGUCACCAUCUUUCUGAUUGGGGUGGAUGGAUGUCCGCACCAUCAUCGUCAUGCCAAUGAGCUGCAAAGAAUCAGCCAGGCUAACCCGCAUGUGUCGUUUGUGGAGGCGCAGGGGAAUACGCCGGAGCGGUAUGUUACUCACGAGCUGCUGAAGCGACAUCUGGGGUAUGAUGUGUCGAUGUCGGAGUUUGAGCGACUGGAGCAGUUUCCCGCGAGUGCCGAGCCGCCUUUGUAUGAGGAGUGAUACUUUUUACUUGCUAUCUCAGGUGCCUGCGAGUGCAACACUCAUUGACUGUUUGCUGGUUGAUUGCGUAACUGCAGGUGUAUUUCUGUUUCUUACAUAUACUCUAUUUUAUACCACGAUCAAUGUUAAUGUUAUGC